AUGCCAUCAGUUUCUUGCUCCAUCACUUGGAUCCUAUCUACUACCCCCUGUGGGAAAUGCUCCAGAAGAAUUCUGGAGUUCCUGAGGGUACAUCCCAAUGUGACCUUGGAAAUAUACGCAGCCAAGCUGUUCAAGCACCUGGAUAUCCGUAACCGGCAAGGUCUCAGGAACCUGGCAAUGAAUGGAGUCAUUAUACGUAUUAUGAAUCUUGCAGAUUACAGUUACGGGUGGAAAAGAUUUGUCGCAUACCAACGUGGAGAAGAUGAUUAUUGGCCCUGGAGCUUCGCUUCAUACAUCCUUCUGAAUUGGAUGGAGCUCUAUCAUAUCCUUUCGGAGGGGUUUACACGGCACAGUAAAUUCCAAGGUGCUACUCUUGUCUGGAAAGCUGAGUCCCAAGGGAGAUCAUCUGACAUGCUGAAGGUGGAUCAGAGCAAUCUCUUGGACUAG